AUGAAUAGUAUUGAGAGCAGAAAAGAACGAGAAGAACAGGAAGAACAAGAAGAACAGGAAGAACAGGAAGAACAGGAAGAACAAGAAGAACAAGAAGAACAAGAUAACGACCUGGUGGAAAACUUCUUCACCUUGACCGAUGCUAACGUGGCACAUGAACUUGUUCAGGCUGCUGAGUAUUGUGCAAUAACUUACUGCAUUCCUCGAGAUAAUCUCAAAAACGGUGAAUUAAAGCAGUCCUGUUCAAUUUCUGCCUGCUUUGAUGGUGAAGAAGGAAGAUCUAUAGUAUAUCAAUUUCAGUCAGAAAUAAGUGGCCUGAUAGUCCGGGAUGAUACAAAUAAGGAGUUUGUGGUGGCCUUCAAAGGAACCACUACAAAAAAUGAAUGGACAAUUGACUUUUCUAUCUCUUAUCAAAAAUAUCAUCCCUAUACUGUUUCCAAAGGAAUCAAUAAGAAAUCGUUUGCUUGCAGUCACUGCAAAGUUCAUGCUGGUUUCUAUGGAGCUACCAACUAUUUUAUGGAGGAAGCGUUCCCAGUACUUCUGAAAUUGCAUAAAGAAAAGCCAGAUUACAGCUUUAGAGUCACUGGACAUUCCUUAGGAGCAGCAUUAGCUCUUCUUGCUGCCAUAGAACUAAGAUUAAUGGAUCUAGAUGUUAUUUUGGUGACUCUAGCUGGACCCAAAAUAGGCGACUCAAGGUUUACUUCCUGGGUGGAUCAAAUUUUUAAUACCAAGUCGUUAGUUAAGACCUUGAAAGGUGGGGCGGAUAAAUUACCAAUUAAUUCUUUUAGCAGGGUCACAAAUAAAGGUGAUGUUGUACCUUUGGCACCGUUGAUAGGAAUGGGAUUUACUCAUGCUGGAUGCGAAAUUAAGAUUAGCAAUUCCCGCUUGAAGGUAAAGGGUAAAUGGAGUUACCUUCAUGAAGUGCAAAAUCUUGCAGACCUUUCCAAAGUGGUAAAAGAGUUUAUCCGAAAACGAGAAUGGGAAGCUGCCCUGGCCAAGAAAGAAGUUUCCUCCAAACAUAUCAACUACUUUAUGGUUAUCAAUGAAUGCAAGUAUUCGAACAGCAGCUAG